ACACCCAAAUUCACAUUUCUCCCUCAAUCUACACCUAAAAAUUCAUGGCCGACAGAGGCGGAGACAGGGGCGGGUUCGGGCGCGGAUUCGGCGGUCGCGGCCGCGGUGGAGAUAGGGGAGGGCGUGGACGUGGACGGCGCCCUCGGCGCGAGGCAGAGGAGGAGAAGUGGGUGCCGUGCACGAAGCUCGGGCGAUUGGUGAGGGACGGAAAGAUCAAAUCACUUGAGCAGAUCUACCUGCAUUCCCUCCCAAUCAAGGAAUACCAAAUCAUAGACCUCCUGGUGGGGCCAUCCCUCAAGGACGAGGUCAUGAAAAUCAUGCCUGUCCAGAAGCAGACGCGUGCUGGGCAGAGGACAAGGUUCAAGGCGUUCGUGGUCGUCGGAGAUAGCAACGGCCACGUCGGACUGGGGGUAAAGUGCUCCAAGGAGGUGGCCACCGCAAUCCGCGGCGCAAUUAUAUUGGCGAAGCUGUCUGUGAUUCCAGUGAGGAGAGGGUACUGGGGAAACAAGAUCGGAAAGGUCCACACCGUGCCUUGCAAGGUCACCGGCAAGUGUGGCUCUGUCACUGUGCGGAUGGUGCCUGCUCCCCGUGGAUCCGGUAUUGUCGCUGCUCGCGUGCCCAAGAAGGUCCUCCAAUUUGCCGGAAUUGAUGAUGUCUUUACUUCCUCCCGUGGAUCUACAAAGACUCUUGGAAACUUUGUCAAGGCAACUUUUGACUGUUUGUUGAAGACCUAUGGGUUCUUAACUCCAGAUUUCUGGAGGGAGACUAGAUUCACAAAAUCCCCAUUCCAAGAGUAUACCGACCUGUUGGCUAAGCCCACAGCCAAGAUUGUCCAUGUUGUUGACGAUGUUGAUGCUUGAUCCUCUAGUCUUUUAUAUAGACUAUUACUUCAAAUUUUGUCUUUUUUGGUUUGUUUGUUAAAUCAACUGUGUUGAACUCUGCUUAAAAUGCUUGUUUCUCUUGUUAAUCAAAUGACUUUUCUACUCUAAA